CGAGGGUGUCGAAGCAGAUAGAAUAUGACUAACGCACAACUUCCUUAAAUGGUAUUGUUUCACCAUUAAAUGAGAAUGGUUUGCCAAUCAAGGACUUUUUUAAAGUGUCAUCAGCCUACAAAAUGGCAGAAGAUAUGAGGAACCACCCUAUUGCGGAAACGGCAUAUGUACAACUUGCUUUACCAUUAGCGAAAAGUGCUGCACCUUAUGUAUUAUAUUACACAGCUACGGAUAAUUCAUUUAAAGCUAACGAUGUUCUAAAACGAUGGAGUUUUACUGAGGCGGGCUUACGAAUGCAAGGCAUACAAGUAUUGGGAAUUGCAGCUGAUGGCGAUCCAAGGAUAUUGAAAGCGAUGCUCAAAAGGACUAGGCUUCAAAAAUCAGAAUAUUUCGGUCCGUGGUUUAAUAUUGCAGACUUUGUCGAACCCAUCAAUAUACAAGAUAUGACGCAUUGCACAAAUUCAUUCAAAAAUAGGCUACUUAAACCUGGAGCUGAUAUGACAAUCGGUAAUAUUAGUUAUUGAUUCUUUAUUGAUCAUUAUUCUUAUUAUUUCGUAAACUUAAGGUAAUUUCAAAAUAACUCACAUACAUCUGAGGGAGUUAAUAUUGCACCACGCGAAAGAUCAGCAUGAACUAACAAUGCAAGAUAUAUGUACGAACGACCGAAUGAAGUUUACCCCAACAUUGAGGAUGAUGAACGCGAAACUUAUAUCAUAUAUGGAGGGGCACGUGCCAGGUAGCAAAGGUACAGCGCUGUACCUGCGUGUUAUGAAACAAAUGUAUGAAGCUUACGCUAACGUAGAUAUGGAACCACUUGAACGAAUUUUCACAAUCUGGUCUGUGUUAUCCAAACUUAAACCUUAAGCACGGUGAACGUUCGCGACGGUUAUUAAAACAAACAAACUAAAACACGACAAACCGGGAGUAGAUUUAAAAUGCGACCGUACUGCUUGGCGACUCGAACGGAAGAGACUUACGUAGUCCUGCGUCACCUAUAUAUGCGGUCGUGUCUUGUACACAACCCCUCUGAUUUUUUCAAGUCAACCCAACGAACAAUUUUUUGGAGAACUUCGAUCGAUGACCAGUACAAACGAAACUGUUAUAAAUUUCACAAUGAAAGAGCUCGGUAAAAAAAUAUGGCGAGCAAUGAUGAAAACUCACAUUUCAUACCGUUGCCAAAACGAAUUAAAAUUCCCUAGUCUUAAACGAAGAGAAGAAAAAUACUCUAAAGUGUUUACUUUACCACACAACAUAGAUAUUCGGCAUGCUAUAGAAAAAGCACGUAUUGUAGCAAUAAACCAAUUGACAGAUGUAGGGAUUCCGGCAAAUGAGCAGAAUUUUGAAGGCAGCUUAGACAUCAUUCAAAGAUCGAUUGAUUUUGAAUUUGUACCCGUACAAUGUUCCUUAGAUUCUGACUCAUCUGACAGCAGUUCAUCAUUGAAAAAUUCCUUUGAAAUUAUUGAUAGCAGAUCAUCUGAAACGAAUUCCACAAUGCACAUCACUGAUACACCUGGAGCCAAUGAGAUUUAUGAGGCCGAAAAAAUAUUUCAAAAUGUAAAUGGAGAACUGUGUUUAAAAAACUGUGCAACAACGAAUAAGCAUACAUUCAACAUUAGUACUCAGUCAGGGAAAGUAUACAUCGUUAAAAUAUCGACAGUAGUGUGGAUGUUAUCAAGUGGCAGAUUCAAGUGCUCAAACGAUCGCAUCAGUAGAUUCCAGCAACCCAAAAAUCGUGUUGAUGAAAAACAAGACAAUAAUCAAGUAUUUGAUCACAUAUCUUGUGGAGACUGGGUUGUCUUCGACAACUCUGUCAUAUGUCAUGUCAGCGGGUUUCAAUAUAUUACAGGGCGUACCAAAACUUGUCAUCAACUACGAAUUCCAAUAAAAUGCCCGGAAACUGCAAAACAGCGAGGAGUUUUUGUAGUCGGUAGCUUCUAUGAAUUAAUUAAUGGUACCCUACGUACGAUUAAUGUUCAAAAUGACAAAUGUUCAAAAAUGAAUUUGGAAAGAUAUCGUUCGCAUUUAAGCUCUCCACUUGAUGUUGAUACAUUGAGCCUUACUACAAAAAAUAUUUGAUAUCU